AUGGCUGCCUCUCUCCGUCAUAUGGCUCACUUCCAAAAAGCUCUUCUCGUUGCCAGAAGCGCUCCAAGACUUUCGACAAUCGUUCGUGCCACCUCAACCUUGAAUGAUGGAGCCAGCAAAGUUCCAGACCACUCGAUGCACUUCAAGCUCGAGCGUCUCUGGGCCGUCGGAAUGCUUCCAAUCCUCCCAGCUUCCUACUUCAUCCACGGACCAGUCAUGGAUGCCGUUCUAACUGUCGCUCUCACCCUUCACAUUCAUUGGGGAAUUCAUGGAGUCGUCUACGAUUACGCUCGUCCAUACGUAAUCGGAGAGACCGCUGCUAAGGCUGCUCAUGUUGGAGUAUACAUCAUCACCGGACUUUUGCUCGCCGGCCUUCUCCACUUCAACACCAAUGACGUCGGAAUCACCAAGGCUUUCGAACUUGUUUUCUCCCUUUAA